UUGUUUUUAUCCGCGUCCACCGCGCGCGAAGCGUCACGCGCUUGCUUGAGAACGCUGGCCGGUUCAAUUGAUUCCCACAACGAUAAAUAGUAGAUUGAUCGGCGCGGAUUACCAAGACGUCUCAGCAUUCGGAAUCUUCUGGUUUAGUAAUUCAUAGUGAACAUGGGCUCGCUGAAGCGAUCGAGAGGUCAGGAAGAGGCAGAAGGCGUUGAGCUGCUGCUGCUGCUUUCCUUGUCCUGCGGCACGAAGACUCCAGCGUCGUCGAAGGCGAAGGAGAAGGCGGCAGAGGAAGGCGAGUUCAAGUGCAAGACGUGUAGUCGGCGGUUCGCGACGUUUCAGGCGCUGGGCGGUCACCGGACGAGCCACAAGCGGCCGAGGGUGGAGCGGCCGGCGGCGGGGAAGGAGAGUGGUACGGGCUCGCACCGGUGCGGCGUCUGCGGGGUGGAGUUCGCGCUGGGACAGGCGUUGGGUGGUCAUAUGAGGCGGCACAAGGUCCUGGCGGCGGAGGCGGCGGACGUGGGGGAACCGAAGGUGGUCCUGGCGGCGGACGUGUGCUGUAUCGAGUUCGAUAAGUUGGUGGGGCGUAGCAGCUCUCAGUGUCAGCUUCUGCCGCUGUUCGUAUAGCACUGCAGAUUGAGGGGAUCCGUACGUCGUUGCAGAUUGACUUCGAUAACAGAUUGGCUUCAUUUGUUUGGUCGAUUUAUAAAUAUUAGCUACAGAUUUCAUGUGAUUUUGAGAGAAUAUAUAGUAGAUUUUCUGAAACGUUUCUUA